GUGCCUAGCAGCGUUGGAUACUGUGCUGUCAUCGUGUAGGACGAUAGAGGAUAUUCAACAUUGAACAGCCUGGCUGGAUUUCACCAUGUGGGGGGGUUAGGAGGAUACCGGUACUUCGGCAGUGUUUCCUGUACACUCACCUCCCUCUACAGACAAACACAGACAUCAGUUACCCCGAAGACAAAGCCGAGAAUGGGCGACUGUCCUCAACAAACGCCGCUGUUUACAUUCGGUGUGAUAGCUGACAUUCAGUACGCAGACCUCGACGACGGAUACAAUUACAGCCGGACCAGGAGGCGGUACUACCGGAGCAGCCUCCAGCUGCUCAGAAAUGCCCAGGAAAGUUGGUCGGAGUCGCCCGUCAAACCCGAGUUUAUCCUCCAGCUGGGAGACAUCAUCGACGGCUUCAACAAGGGCCACGACGCCUCGGACCGAGCCUUGGCCACCGUGCUGAGAGAGUUCAGCUCCAGCCCCGUGGAGGUCCACCAUGUGUGGGGUAACCAUGAGUUUUAUAACUUCAGCAGGAGCGCGCUGCUGCGGUCCCAGCUCAACAGCACACCGCACACCGACGGCGGCCCGACCGGAGCCCGGGCAGGAGGGGAUAUCUACGCCUACCGCUUCAGCCCGUUCCCCGGGUUCACGUUCGUCGUGCUGGACGCUUAUGAUGUGAGCCUGCUGGGCCGAGAGGAGUCCAGUGAACAGUACCGCGAUGCUAUGAGUCUGAUAAAGCAGUACAACAACAACGAGGACCUCAACUGCCCCCCAGUCUGCGAGGGUCGGCAGAGGUUUACCAUGUUCAACGGGGGGUUCAGUAAGGACCAGCUGGACUGGCUGGAUUCUGUUCUGUCCUCAGCUGAUGAGAAACGGGAGAGAGUCACACUUGUCAGUCACCUCCCCGUACACCCCUUCUCCACCGACCCCAUCUGCCUCGCCUGGAACUUCGAUGAGCUCCUGGCCAUCAUACGCUCCCACAGCAGUGUGGUGUGUUUCAUGGCUGGACACGACCACGACGGCGGAUACUACCAGGACAGAGACACAGGAGUGCACCACCUGACAUUAGAGGGGGUGAUCGAGACCCCACCUGACGGCAACGCCUUCGGCACGGUCUCUGUGUACGAGGACCGGAUGGUGCUGAAAGGGAACGGGAGAAUCACAGAUCGAGUGUUCCUGUUUUCAGGGUGCCAAAGUGACGCAGAUCAUACGGCAAAAUGACACAUGCUGUAAUGUUUGUAGAUUGCUGAGGCAGUCGAGGCAAUAUUUUUUAUUUAUACCAUGGGAUUUAGAAAGGUAUUUUCCAGAUUGGGAAAUGUACAGGAUGUUUACAUUCUAUGAAGAAGUCAGGGAAUUUUACACAGGUCACUGUAACUAUACAUGCAUCAAUCUCCUAUACCGUAUCAUAGGUGACGUACUGCUCUCAUUGGCUGCGCAGUUUCAACUCAUCCAUAGCAGGAAACUAUAGCGACAAGCCUGGUCACACAUUCUCACAUUACAGAUAAACAGUGCAUUGAAAUAUGUUUCUGAAACAAUUUUAGGUGGGAAAUAAGUAACGCAGUAACAGAAUCUUGAAUCAUAUUUGAUCAGCACUGCCAAGUUCCACAGUUUGAUCUGAUUCUUUUUUUGCAGCCAAUGGAGCUGCCCCCUGCUGGCCAUUACAUAAAAUGCAUGUUUAGGUCUAUGUUGGCUUCUUUCCGCGGACCUGGGAGCUCUGUCCACUAUAUAUACUGUCAGUGUAACAAACCUACAUACGCUCUGGUCCAGUUACCUCAGCAGAAAACAUACAGUACCUCAAAUAUUGAAUUGCACUUAAUGACUUUUUAUUUUAAUGACAAGUGUGAAAUAUAUCUUAUGCACUGGUGUGUUUUAAUCUGGAGGGCAAAGAAUAUAAUUUGUAUAUUUGUAUGCACAUAUUUUAAGAAGAGAGAUUUUAUUAUUGCAGUUGGUGCCUUUUGCACGUUGCACAUUGCACAGGACUGAUUUUCUUAUGCUGGUAUUUGCUGAACAAUGUAUUAUGCAAUUUAGUGACAUAUUGAUCAGUGCAGUGUAAUUAUAACCUGUGAUAAGAUCUGUGCAAAUCUGUAUGAUUUACAUUGUAAAACCAUACGUCAAAUAAUAAACAUCUUUAUAACAGCA